GACCAGGCACCCCGGCAACGUCGAGGCCAGCCACGCCCGCUGCCACGCCCGCGACGAGUAAUGUGACAGUGGUCAACGGCACCGCGCGGCUGACGCCAGCCACGACGGCGCAGAUGCAGGCACCUGUGCAGAGAGUGGCUCCCUCUACUGCGGGGACGACGGUGGCGCAGCGUCAGAACGGCACGAGCGCCGCGGCGGCGCAGCGAGUCAUACUGCAGACUCCAUCAGGUGUGUCGGUGGCACAGCUAACAACCCCGCUCACCGUCACGUCACCCGGUGCCUCGCAGCCCAUCACCGUACACAUCCAGCAGACGCAGCAGGGACCGCGGCUCACCGUGCCCGCGUCACAGCUCCACCAGCUACCAGGCAUCGUACAGAUCGUGCAGACUCCCACGGGCCAGCAGCUGAUCUGUACCUCGGCCUCCGCCGUUGCCACGACGACGCAGCAGCAGCCGAUCACCGCUUCCAUGGUGACAGCGCAAGCUGCAUCGAGGAUCACGGUUACCAAGGCAACGACGCCCGGCCUGCGCAUGACGACGGCGACCGUGACUCCGACGCGCACGCUCUCGUUGCCAACGACGACGACGACAGCUGCGCAGGGCGUCGUCACGACGACCGCGCCGCCGCCCGUCAAGUCGGUUGUCAUGCCGACGAUGGCGGUGCCUUCGGCCGCGCUCGCGCACACCGACUCUACCUCGGCCGCGUUGACAACCGUCUCCACGGCGACUCGCGCCGAGCCGUCGCCGACCGUGGCGCCAUCUGUGAUGAGACCAGUCGUCAGGGUUGCUCCUUUACAGCUGGAACUGAAAGGAGGUCAGUUGGUGAGCCUGCGUAGAGGGGUGCCCAUCAAAC